GACAACCAGCGUGUCGGACCAGAGGCACGUAAAAAACUGCUUGUUGUUCUAAGAUCUCCGAUUGCGGUUCUCAGAUCCGCGAUUACAGAUUCUCAGAUUAGUGAAUAAGUUUCCACGUGUCAUGUGGGUCCACCUGCUCAUCUUGUUGCUUCCGGCCUGCAGCUGUCAGGUGCCCAACUUUUUGAGCACGGUGACGACCUUCUACCCGAGCAGAACCUCCAAUGACACGUUGGUUCUUCGCUAUAAUGUGGCCUUCAAUGUGUGCAACAACGUCAGCGUUCUCGACUGUCCCGUUGCCAACUGCUUGCUGACGGUGGCGUCAGCGGCCACAGUGCAUGAGGGGAAUGGAACGUGGUGUCAGAAUGAGGUGGUCGUGCUGGUGAACACCACUUCCUCCAAAAGAUUUGAGCUCAGGCUGACGGGACACCAGUGGAUCAACGUCAUCAAUGGCGUCAGAGACGUGCUGGCCGUGACCCAUGUUGACCUGAGAAAGAGGUCCGACAUCAACAGAACCAAUGCUUCCCCUGUGACCACCAUACUGCCCGUUCUCCGAGUCCCCUCCAACUGUCCGAGGAACCUGACGCUGUUGACUUUUGACCCGAAUGGAGACCAAGUGAGGUGCAGAUAUGAAAUCGCCACGUCUGUUCUCAGCCUCUCGCCGUCCUGUCAGAUGACCUUCAGUGCCAGCAACAGCAACCAAGUCGAGGGUGCAUACGCCAUCCAGCUGCUGAUGGAGGACUUUUCCCGCAAAAACAUCACUGUGACUGACGGCGCUGGGUUUGAAAUUCUCACAAACCAGGACGCCAUCAGUCAAAUUCCCGUCCAGUUUGUCCUGAGGGUGGACCCUCCAGUGGAGUCCUGUGAUGAUGGAGAGUUUGUGCCCACCUUCCUGGUACCUACAGUCGCCAAUGGACAUUAUUUCUAUGCCACAGUCAACACGACCCUGAAUAUUCCCAUCUUUGGAACGUCAUCAAGGUCCAAUGUUUCUGAGCUUCUGUUCACCGGGCCGUCCAACAUGACCAAGACGACGAUUGGCAAUGGAAGCUUCGUGUUGUCCUGGACGCCGUCUGACAGAGACAUAGGCCAAAGUCAUCCCGUCUGCUUCGUCAUCGAAGCCACUGGUGUUUCACAGCGUAAACUCCACUCAGAACUGCGCUGUGUGUUUGUGGUGGUUGAACAAGUUGUGGCUGUGCUGAAAGCCGGGCUCACGUCCCUGUCCCCUCUGUCCAAGGAAUACCUCCAGGAGGUCUUCUUACCGCAGCUCAAGAUGGAGAUUGUGGAGCGAGGGCUGCCCUUUGAUAUUACACUGAGAGUGGUCAACAUCAAGCAGCUUCCUGUCUGACAUUAACAUGGGUUCUGACAAUAAAAAUGUCAUUGAGUCUUCCGGAAAUGACUUUUCAGGUUUCUGCUUACCUAGAACGGCCAAAUGAUCUUUUGUCUGAAACUGUUCUGAUGACAUUUGAAGCAUAGUUGGACUCAAAAGAUUAAUCUGCCAGUAGGAGGAGAUCUUCGUGUUUGACAUUUUGCAUAUUGUUGUGGAAAUGGGUCAAAAUGAAACUGAAAGUGAUGAAAUGCUAAGCACUGAUGAGGAAGUUGUUGACAACAGUGACCCAGCAGUGAAAAGUUUCAAGACACAAAACAACCUUUGUCCAUUUUGUUCUUAAAAUAAACUCCAUUAGGUGUAGUCAGAGUUCCCUAUUGGGGUCAUUCACGUCAGGCAUGGCCUCCUCCUGGACUUCCACCCUCCCA